AUGUUGCACGCUGCGUUCUUGUUGAUAUGUUUGCUAUUACCUCAUUAUGUUCAUAGUGAUUGCUGUCGUUUACCAUUCACCGAUCGUGAAUGCAAUGUCCGUCGAGAAGGUCCUCAUCGAUACCAGGUUAUGCCUGAUCGUCGUUCAGGUCUGGUGAAAGAAAGUACAGAAUGCUUCAUCAAUGAUUUCGAUGCGAAUUACCGAAAGGUGGUGGAAACGAAAAAUUAUUGUAAUGAUUGUCCUGGUCUACUUAUUCUACAUACAAAUUCGUCGGAAAUUUUCCUAUUUCCAGAAUAUCUUGAACGAAUUCUCGAGGGACGAACACCGACACAACGAAAAAACGUGAUUAUAUUAACAAAAUCACUUGUUGGUGCAUAUGAUUUAGAUUUUUCCUUUCUCACACGUUUUUAUACUGCACGACCGGUCGCAGAUGUACCAUCAAUCUAUGUCGAUCUUCAAUUACCAGUUUUCGAUCCGAAACUUGAACAUCAACCAUCUCUACGUCUUCGUUUGCCUGUUUACGACGAAGAUAAAGAAGGAUUCACUAAAAUCAGUAGACAAGAACUAAUCAAUCCAUUGGAUGCCACCGAUUCAGCGACACUUAACGCACAUCAGCUACCGUAUCUGUACCAUUUUGAUAUAGAAAAACAUCAUUAUUCGCCAAAUUUAUGCACAUUGAAUAAUGUUACUGUUUCAUCUACUGGUCUUAUGUGGAAAACAAUCGACUCAGGAGCACCUACAUGUCAUACUUACAUGCCGUUCUUAGGACGAAAUCGAUGUUUUGCCAGCGGUUUUACACGUAUAUUUUGUCCUAUCGAAGAAAGUGUAUCAACAGAUGAUACUCUUCAGUUAUCUCUUUAUGCUCAAGUCAUUAAUCAUGUUGAACAUUUAACUGUCGCUGUAACUGGUGGUCGUCAUGUCGAAAUGGCCUUAAGCAAUCGUCAAUUGUAUCCCGCGGAACAAGUGAAAGUCCUUCUACUUCAAGGUCACUUGGCAGUGACUGAUAUUAAUUUAAACUUAUCUAUUCGAGUGGAAUACGGAUGGAAUUGUAAAGAUUUUAGCUUGGCAGUUCCGGCUGGAUUCAGUGCUACACGAUAUCGUCGUUUUGAUGGUGAAAACUUGGCUAUUUUUGAAAGCAACAGUGUUGUAACAUUGCCAAGCUGCUUUAAAGUAAUACCUAACGGAGCCCAAGCAGCAGCCGCUCUACUACGAAACACUCUCGAAUCGACGACACUGCCAUCGCCUAUUGCUCCCCAACCUGUCGAUCCAGCAGAAGAAUACCAAUUUGAUGAUAACGAUGAUUUACCUACUGUAGUGAAACCAGAAAUCGUCGAUGGUUUAAAUGCAGCAAACAAAACAAUUGUUGAUCUGGAAAAUCAAGAAAACUUUAUAACAUACUAUUGGAAUAUCAUAACUAGUGAUAGCAAUCUACCAUAUACUAUCGUCGUUUUAAUAGUAUUAGUUGCGCUUAUUCCUAUAUGUCUUGGUGUUUGCUAUCGUGUCUAUUGUGGUCAACAUCGUCGAUCUGAUUGGACAUUGGAACAUCCUGCUCACAUAACUUCGGCUUCUAUGAAAUCAAAAGAUGAACUGAAUAGUGUGUCCGUUCAAUCUCACGUCAAUAUGUCAACUCAAACUACAGACACUCCAAUUCGUAUCUAA